CUACUCGCUACUUGUACAUACAAAAUACACAUCACAAGCAAGAGGCAAGAGGCAAGAGGCAAGAGGCAACAGGAUCGACCGACGACGACGACGAGCCGCGAGCGAUCAUAUCAUAUCAUACGACUAUACGAUACUCACCACAGGCCACAGUCGCUUCUCGCCACUCGCCACUCGCGCAACAUAUUCCGAAUUCCGACGUGCGCCGCUUCCAAAGUUCGAUGUAAACAUACAAGUGAAAGUAAACAUUGUAAACAGAGCGGCAAUAAACGAAGGAAAGGGGUAUGCGAGAGACUUUCGCGAUUCGACUAUUCUCAUAUCUCUGCGAGAUAUAUUACACAUUACACAUGUUCUGCGAGCUCUCUUCGCCAAUAAUCGGCGGUCCAGUUUGUCCAUUGUAUGUUUGUAGCACGUACGAUCGCUAGAAACUGAGGCCUGAGACUCAUCUUCUUGGCUAUAUUGAUCGUUUGCGAAACGGCAGCUUUUCCAAACGGACGAUCGCACGAGACCGACAGCAUCAGUAACUCGUCAUCUCAUUAAUCGUUUUCCUAUUCUUUUUUAUUCUGCGUCUCUUUCGGAAAAUCGGCCGUAUUAAUCGUCGACAGUCGUCGAAGACCCGAGACCGAGACCCGAGUAGAACGAGAACGAGAACGAGAGCGAGAGCGCGAUAGCCGCUUUGGCAGUUCGGCUUCGGCAUUCUACGCUUCUAUGUGAGCGAGACAUCAGCUGUUUUCAGUAGUUUGAUCAAGAAUCUUCAAAGACAAAUUCGAAAGGAGAGAAAAAAGGGAUAAUUUGCCGAGAUUCCGAUCGAGUGGUGCGAGUGCAUGGAUCACGGUGGCGGACUGCGCAAUUCCGAUCUCUGAAAAAAGAAAAGAAGCGCUCUCCUCUCUUUGCUCAUUCUCCUUGCCUAGUCGAAAGAUGCACAUCACCUGCAAGUGCCUGAACGUGUCCAUUAGAUCCAGGAGUACCGAACUGCAGCGGCUUAAUAUCGAUAACGUCGAGAUGACCGAUCUGGAGCGCACCGAUGCCUUCUUUCGCGAGGAUCUAGCCAGUGUACCGGAACUGGAAACUAUUACUAAAGAACAACCUGGCUUAGUGGAAAUAAGAAAUAUUGGAUCAUGGAUCAUACAUCGUUGUUAUAAUUGCUCAAUUUAUACUCAUGCUGUCCAUAGGGAACAUGGUGCUGCUUUAGUCCUUAUUAAUAGCAAUAUCGUUUUAUCUCCUGAAGAAAUAAAUAAAUUAAAGUCAAAUCCAGAUUACAGCUCAGUGUUUAGGAUAGUAAUUAAUCACAAUUUGGAAGAUCUUGACGACUAUCUGCAACAACCUAAUAAAUUUUCUGUUUCACAGUUACCUAACACGGUUCAAGUGGCCCUAGGUGGACUGCAACAACAAUUGGAGGAAGCUGUACAACGUCAAACAGUAGCAAUAGAAGAGAAAAUAUGUGCGUUUUCUGCAGAGCAAUAUCGGCUAUUGGAACAAUUUCGUGAAAGAGCGCACAACGAACAUCGAUUGUUAUCAAAAUUAGUGUGUAGAAGAGAAGAAACAAAUAGGAUAACCAAUGAUAUAGAGACUUCACCAAUGAUUUCUGACAACUUUAAGAAUACUUUAACUACCUCUACAGCUAAUACAGUUAAUCCCAAGUCCAAUUUAGUAUUCAAUGAUAUGAAAAUUUCCACUGAUUCAAACAUUAAACAUGAGAUAACUACUAAACACUCUUCUAAAAGUUCUACUAAUAAUGAAAAUACAAAAAAGAAAAAUCCAUUGUAUAUUUGUACUAAAGAAUCAGCUAGUUUCGAUACAGAAGCGUUGUUUCCUUUCGAGGGAAUAGAAGAUACAGAUGCAGCUAAUCAAUUACAUCAGUGGUCUUCGGAAGAGGGAUCCGAUACCGAUGAUUCAAGCCAAAAUGAAGGGAUUCAUAUGCCAAGAGGUCAACGAGAUGGUCACUCCACCUUGGCUAAAUCACUACCAGUCACCGUACCUGCUUUUCCAUCUAUCGUUCGUCGUGCAGUACAGGACCAAAAUGAUGAUCAGUUGCCAACCGAUCCAUUAGAUCCGCAUAAUAUUCGAGCUUCAAUUAAAGCCUUAGCUAAAAGCGUCCAUGGUGAUACAGUGUUUGGAGACUUACCACGUCCCAGGUUUUCUACGCAGAUCUGACUUGUCAUAUAUGAUGAAAGAGAAGAUCCACUCGACACUUUUUAGUGUUUUUGAUACAAUAUAUCAUGGUCUCUAUCAUCCGUCAUUUGUCUUUCAUACAAAGAUUACAAGAGGUUUAUGUAUACACACUUGGAAUAAAUGUGAUUGGUUCUGCAGAGGUACAGAACACUCUAUUUGUAUUUUGUAGAAAUUCGAGAUUAUAUGCCUUAACAGUUUUGGUUAGACCUAAAUUUACUAUGAUGAUGCAAAUUUAUUAGAAAAAAAUACUUUUUAUCUAAACUGGAAGCUAUACUUAUAGAUGUGAAAAUGAUUUGUAUCUAAUAGAUAGGGAAAAAACGUGCAUUUAAAAAUCUAAAUGCGCUUACAACAACUUAGAAUUUUAUCAUUUAUUCCAAUACAUAAAUUUGCUUUUUAGUGUGUUUGUUUAUGUACUAUAUACAGCAGACUGAAUUUUAUUAUUAUCAUUACUUCAUGUUGCAACUUAAAGGCUAUAUUUAACUUAUAUAGUGCAGUAAUUUAUAAUAAAUAAUUAUAUUCCACUAUAUAUUGCAUUGCUAAUGUUUAUAAUGUUUAUAUUGUUAUAAGCAUUUUACAGCAAUAUAUUUUUUCUUAUUGUGUUUUGAAAAUUAAAGCACUAUUGAUAAAUGCAGAAAUGGUGUCAAUUAUGCAUAUAAAAAUACAAAUACUUUAUAAAGAGAAUUGUAUAAUUAUUAUAAUUUGCAAGUAUAUGAGAAGAGACAUAGUGCAAGUAGUAAUAGUGUUGUAAUUAUAAUUAUAUAUAAUAGCAGAAAGAUUUAGAUUCCUCAUGUAAUUUCUUACAUAGAAAUUAAGAUUUAAAACAAUUCAUUGUUAAAAAUGAUGUUAGUUUUUCUCUGAUGACAUUACUUAUUUUAUUAUAAAAUAGCUAAUAUUUUUUGUCUGCAAUUUAAUACACAUUUUUUAAAUUAAAUGAUUAAAUAAUAUUAAGUUUAAAAUUAUGCU